AUGGCUGCGCUGGCGAUAUCCAGAACGGACAAUUUCCUCCACACUUUUUUACAGGACCGCACACCCAGCUCGUCCCCAGAGAGUGGCCCCAACCCGCUGUCCUUCCUGGCCACCACGUGCAGCCAGGCCUGGCAGGUGGCGCCCACAGGCACUGGCGGCGUGGGAGGCCCCGAGGGCCCCCAGUUCCCCUAUGAGGGCGCCGUGAGCUCGGCCUCGGCCAGCAUGUUCCAGCUCUGGAGCAACGAGGUGGCCCCCAGCUCCGGCCUGGCAGCGGCAGCCGCUGCACAUCAGAUGGCGGCAGCGUUCACCGUCCCCAAGGUGCCCUUCGCCACGGGUCACCACAUGCAGACGGGCCACCUGCCCCCUCCCCCGCCACCCCACGCACACCACCACCACCAUCACCAUCACCACCACCACCACGAGCUGCCGCUCACCCCUCCGGCCGAGCCCCCUGCCGCCUACUCCUUCGAGCUCUCCCCGGUGAAGGUCAUCUCGUCCCAGGCGGCACAGGCCAGCACGGCGGCGCCAUCCCCGUACUACCCCCAGCACAACGCCGUCACCGCCGUCAGCCAGAACUUCUCCAGCUUCCUGCAGACCUCCACGGCCCGUGGGCAGCACCUCACCGUGGCGGCCGCAGCAGCAGCAGCGGCGAGCCACGCAGCGGUGGAGGAGAGCCAGCAGUGGUGGAGCCUCCCCCAGACCAGCGGCCCCGCGCCCGGACACCCGCACGCCCACCCACACCACCCGCACCACCCCUUCUCCUCCCUGGGCCGGCAGCUGGUGCUGGGCCACCAGCCACAGAUCGCCGCCCUGCUCCAGGGCACCUCCAAGGGCUUGCUGAGCUCCACGCGACGCUGCCGGCGCUGCAAGUGCCCCAACUGCCAGGCGUCCGGCGGCGGCACGGGCGGGCACGAGUUUGGCAAGAAGCGCCUGCACAUCUGCCACAUCCCCGAGUGCGGCAAGGUGUACAAGAAGACGUCGCACCUGAAGGCCCACCUGCGCUGGCACGCCGGCGAGCGGCCGUUCGUCUGCAACUGGCUGUUCUGCGGCAAGAGCUUCACGCGCUCCGACGAGCUGCAGCGGCACCUGCGCACGCACACGGGCGAGAAGCGCUUCGGGUGCCAGCAGUGCGGCAAGCGCUUCAUGCGCAGCGACCACCUCUCCAAGCACGUCAAGACACACCAGGGACGCAAGGGGCGCGGCGGGAGCGGGAGCACAGGGGCAGGGGGAGCGGGGAGUGGGGCAGGGGGACACACAGCCUCCUCCUCCUCCUCCUCCUCAUCCACAUCUCAGCAGCAGCACAAUGCACACAGCCAUCACCCGCACCACCAUCACCACCACCAGCACCAGCACCCGGAUACUCUGCUCAGCAUCAAGAGGGAGUGA